AUGUCGGCUUCAAAGUACCUGAGACUCGCCCCGGAGCUACAGGAACAGGUCAUGCGCAGCUGCGAAGCUUCUGAGCUUUUAGCACUUGCAUGCUCUUGCAAAAUCUUGAAUGAAAUAGCUAUUGACGCUUUGUAUUACCUUGUCGACAUCAGCACCCAUAACCUCGUUGGACUCUUCCCCACGUCAUAUGAUACCUUAGCCCUGGCAGAGAACCCAGAUCCGCAUUUACUGAUUUUGGACGAUGUUGAAAAGUGUCUUAAGAGGCAGGAACUAUUUAUCCGCUCCAUGGAACUGCGUCCGGAUUACGGAGCUCAUGUGAAAAAAUUCACAUGGACCUAUUUUUCUCGAUGUGACCCAAGUAACGAUCAGCCUGUCAGCGAUCAGCCAACUUGGGUAGCUCUCGAACGCCUCACAGCUGUUAAGCAUCUUGACUUCGCAUCGAUGGCUUUUCAGCGCGAACUUGAUCCUCCACCUUCUCUAUUCCCAGCUGCCGAGCACAUUCGGCUUACUGGCCAGAUGUCUUUCGCCUUCGUUCGCGCCAUGCUUGGUCCGAAGCAAGCUGAACACCUCGUUUCUUUGGAGUUGAAUAAUUUACAAGACUUGGGACAAUUCAGAGAGGGCGAAAACUUCGAGCUCUCAGCAGACCUAUCAUUAAUCCCAGAAUCAGAGGACAAGGAUGGCAACUCCGUGGUCAGACACCCUGGAAAUAUGAGAACCCAUCUGAAAAGCAUUGAAGGCCGAUGUCCCAGACUGAAAUAUCUCUCCCUUCGAAGUGUUGGCAAUGACGACAAUAGCGAUAGGAGGUGGUCGCCAGCUCACGAUGAGGCAAGGUAUCAGGAGUGGGCAUCGUUCAUUCUCUCUAUUCGCUUCACCCUCGAGCGCUUGACAAUCGAGCAAGGUCUGGAACCUACUCAGACCGGCAUAGGCCGCUGUCUUAUGCAGCCUGUUCAGUAUGGUCGACCUAUGGACGAUAGAUUUGUAGACCAUCUUCUGCCAGUGCUGCUGGACGGAGAGUUUCUGGCACUCCAAAAGAUCCAUAUUUAUGGGAUUGGGGCUGCUCCUCGCCUAGAGAUUGUUCAAAAGUUCAAACCAAAGCACCAUGAGCUUCACCGAAACAUUCACGAGAAGUUAUCUAUGGCACUUGGUUCAGGUGUUGAAAUCGUUGUGAAAGAAGACGCAACCAGGAGCUUCUUUUACCGUUUGAAUGGUGAAACCUAUGACUCCUGA